AUGAUCGUCACCACGGCUCUCGUGCUGGCCGUCGCGCCCUUCGCGAUAGCAGCGAAGCUUCCAACAUCGUCACUUCAAGUCGCGUCUGACUUUGUUGGUGCAACCGCGACUUUCCAAUUCCCACCCGCGGGUGUGACGCUGGCUUCUCCUGGGAAUGAUGCAGAUUUCCCAGUCGCCUCGGACGUUGGUUUCCUUGGGCCCACACCGACUGGGGAUGAGACACUUUCUAUCGAAACUGCUCCUGCUAUCGCCGUCCAUGAAGGCUUCGAUCCUGUCGUGCGACCCAACACAUUCGGUGGGAAGAGCAACUCGAAGUUCAAUGUGGUUCGCAACUGGGGAAACCUUUCUCCAUGGUUCUCUCUUCCUGCGGAUACGUGGGGUCUCCCCCACGCGUCAGCCAUCGUACCGAAAGGUUGCGAUAUUCAACAAGUGCACAUCCUCCAUCGCCAUGGCGCCCGUUACCCAACAUCGGGAAGCGGCCCUGGCAUGUUCGCCGCUAAGCUACACAACAUCACUGUGAAUGGGACCGGAUUCAGCGCUAGCGGUCCUGCCUCAUUCCUGAACACCUGGGAGUACAAACUGGGCGCAGAGAUCCUGACACCCCUUGGCCGCGAACAGCUAUAUGAGUUGGGUGUCAACGCUCGAGUGCGAUAUGGCGCUCUACUAAAAGGGUUCACCGAACUUCCUGUUUGGCGUACAACAUCGCAAGAACGUAUGGUUGACUCAGCGCUCCAAUUUGCAGCGGGUUUCUUCGGGGUGCAAGAAUACGCGACAAGCUAUCACCAGCUGAUUGAGAUCGAACAGAGCGGGUUCAACAACACGCUCGCGCCGUUCACUCAGUGUCCAAACUCAAACCUUGCGAAUGUCGGCCAACUUGGCCUCAUCAAAGCAGCAGAGUGGGCCGACGUGUACACGCCGUCUAUCAUCAAGCGCUUCGCCAAGAUCAUCAACGGUGUGAAUCUGACUUCAUCUGACAUCGUUGCGAUGCAAGAUCUGUGUGCCUACGAGUCUGUUGCGCUUGGAUAUUCGAGCUUCUGUGACCUCUUCACACAGUCCGAAUGGGAAGCAUAUGAAUACCAUAACGAUGUGCAGUUUUGGUACAACACCGGUCCGGGUGGUACGACCGUCGCCGCCCAGGGCAUUGGAUAUGUCCAAGAACUGAUUGCUCGCCUUACUCAAACACCGUUGACCGUCUUCGAUACAACUACAAAUGCAACACUUCAGUCGAGCAACAUCACCUUUCCGCUCGAUCAGCCCAUCUUUGUGGAUGCUAGCCACGACACUGUGAUAUCUUCCAUUGCGGUUGCUCUCAAUUUGACGUCUCUCGCUCGCGGCGGCCCUCUACCCACCGACCGCAUCAUCAAAGAUAGGCGUUGGAUUGUUAGUCACAUUGCGCCGUUUGGGACCAAUCUCGUCGGCCAGGUCUUGUCGUGCCCAAGCAAGAUGAACGUAGCCACGAACAACAGCACUGCGACCCACUUUCGCUGGGUAUUCAAUGACGCCGUCGUACCUCUCACUGGCAUCAAGGGUUGCAAAGAGGAUAAGGAUGGUCUCUGCGAGCUCGACGCAUACAUUGAGGGGACGAAAGCGCGCAUAGCCGAGGUGGACUUUGCCUUCGACUGCUUCGCCAACUACACGGUGCCUAAUCCUGACGUCAUCAUCGAUGGACGCUUUCCAGAGUCUCUGAAGGGGUCAGCUAUGUAA